AUGUCCAAUAAUUCUCCCUGUCAAAGCCAAGAAAGUACAGAAAGCAAUUCAGAAAAUUCUAUCAAACAAAAUGUAAAUUUGGAUGCUUUACAAAAGUCCACAUCGAACAAGACAAAAAGUAAGGUAGCUGUUAUGGAGUAUAUUCAUUUAAAUUCGAACAUCCCUGUUCCCAAAGUUUAUUAUUGGAAUAGUUCUGUCAAUAAUCCGCAUGGAAAAAAAAAAAUGUUUCUAUUAAAAAUUAUUAACAUUCAAUUGGAACUUAAAAAACUUUCAUUUUCAAAAAUUGGUAGUAUUUUUUUUGAUGGUAAAAAUGAUCAAUUUAAAAUUGGUCAGGUGAUUGAAAGUGACUUUUUUACUGGUGAACGAGCAACUUUAUCAACCAUGGAAAGAGGUUCUUUCAACACAACUAAUGAAUAUAUUUUAGCUGUUAUUCGAAACCAGAUCCUUUAUCAUUAUACCUUUAAAUCUAUAGAACAACAAAAAUACUAG